GGAGCCGCCCGCCACGCCCGCGGGGCUGGGCUCGGGGGGAGACCGCGUCUGUUUCAACUUGGGCCGUGAGCUCUAUUUCUACCCAGGCUGCUGCCGCCGUGGGAGCCAACGGUCCAUUGACCUCAACAAGCCAAUUGACAAGCGGAUCUACAAGGGCACCCAGCCCACCUGCCACGAUUUCAACCAGUUCACUGCUGCCACCGAGACCAUCUCCCUGCUGGUGGGCUUCUCAGCGGGUCAGGUGCAGUACCUCGAUCUCAUCAAAAAGGACACCAGCAAGCUGUUCAAUGAGGAGGCCACGGACCACUAUUGUUCCAUGGCCCAGAGGUUGGGGACCCUGAGAUACAGGACAAUUCUAUGGCAAGCAGGACUGUCCCCUCACCAAAGAUGACACAUUGAGGCUCCUUGGAGCAGCCCCUGUUCCCCCAUGUCUUCAUGACCCAGUAUCCAUCUGUCUUCCCCAGUUUGGGAGCUUCUCGUCGAGGAGGACCUGGGCCUGGUGUGGCAUCUGCUGUGUGGGCGGGGCCGUGUCCAAUGGCCUUGGGGACUUCAGGUUGGGGAGAAGGUCUGCCUGAGUUUUACUGCCUUCUCCCAACCCCACCCUGUCUCCCCUGGCAGCGGCUGAUCGACAAGACCAAGGUGACGUAUCUGAAGUGGCUGCCUGAGUCGGAGAGCCUGUUCCUGGCAUCACACGCCAGUGGCCACCUGUACCUAUACAACGUCAGCCACCCGUGCGCCUCGGCCCCACCCCAGUACAGCCUGCUGAAGCAGGGCGAGGGCUUCUCUGUCUAUGCUGCCAAGAGCAAGGCGCCCCGCAACCCGCUGGCCAAGUGGGCGGUGGGCGAGGGGCCCCUCAACGAGUUCGCCUUCUCGCCUGAUGGCCGGCACCUGGCCUGUGUGAGCCAGGAUGGCUGCCUGCGCGUCUUCCACUUCGACUCCAUGCUCCUGCGAGGGCUCAUGAAGAGCUACUUUGGGGGCCUGCUGUGUGUGUGCUGGAGCCCCGACGGCCGUUACGUGGUGACAGGUGGUGAAGAUGACCUGGUCACCGUGUGGUCCUUCACUGAGGGCCGCGUGGUGGCUCGAGGCCACGGCCACAAGUCCUGGGUCAACGCUGUGGCCUUCGACCCCUACACCACACGGGCAGAGGAGGCGACGACAGCAGCCGGUGCUGACGGGGAGCGGAGUGGCGAGGAGGAGGAGGAGGAGCCCGAGGCUGCGGGCACAGGCUCGGCCGGGGGUGCCCCACUCUCUCCACUGCCCAAGGCUGGCUCCAUCACUUACCGCUUUGGCUCAGCGGGCCAGGACACACAAUUCUGUCUGUGGGACCUCACUGAAGAUGUGCUCUACCCGCACCCGCCCCUGACCCGCACGCGCACCCUGCCUGGCACUCCUGGCACCACGCCACCGGCCGCCAGCAGCUCGAGGGGUGGCGAGCCUGGCCCGGGCCCCUUGCCUCGCUCGCUGUCCCGCUCCAACAGCCUCCCGCACCCGGCGGGCGGGGGCAAGGCAGGCGGCCCGGGCGUGGCAGCAGAGCCUGGCACACCAUUCAGCAUCGGCCGCUUCGCCACGCUCACAUUGCAGGAGCGGCGGGACCGGGGGGCCGAGAAGGAGCACAAGCGCUACCACAGCCUGGGCAACAUCAGCCGGGGUGGCAGCGGCGGCAGUGGCAGUGGGGAGAAGCCCAGCGGCCCUAUUCCCCGCAGCCGCCUGGACCCCGCCAAGGUGCUGGGCACCGCACUGUGCCCACGCAUCCAUGAGGUGCCCCUGCUGGAGCCCCUCGUGUGCAAGAAGAUCGCCCAGGAGCGGCUCACAGUCCUCCUGUUUCUGGAGGACUGCAUCAUCACUGCCUGCCAGGAGGGCCUCAUCUGCACCUGGGCCCGGCCGGGCAAGGCGUUCACAGACGAGGAGACCGAGGCCCAGACAGGGGAAGGAAGUUGGCCCAGGUCACCCAGCAAGUCAGUGGUAGAGGAGCUGGGUGCCUCCGAACUGGCCCAGGACAAGUACGUGGCCGACUUCUUGCAGUGGGCGGAGCCCAUCGUGGUGAGGCUUAAGGAGGUCCGACUGCACAGGGACGACUUCGAGAUUCUGAAGGUGAUCGGACGCGGGGCGUUCAGUGAGGUAGCGGUGGUGAAGAUGAAGCAGACGGGCCAGGUGUACGCCAUGAAGAUCAUGAACAAGUGGGACAUGCUGAAGAGGGGCGAGGUGUCGUGCUUCCGUGAGGAGAGGGACGUGUUGGUGAAUGGGGACCGGCGGUGGAUCACGCAGCUGCAUUUCGCCUUCCAGGAUGAGAACUACCUGUACCUGGUCAUGGAGUAUUACGUGGGUGGGGACCUGCUGACACUGCUGAGCAAGUUUGGGGAGCGGAUUCCGGCCGAGAUGGCGCGCUUCUACCUGGCGGAGAUUGUCAUGGCCAUAGAUUCGGUGCACCGGCUCGGCUACGUGCACAGGGACAUCAAACCCGACAACAUCCUGCUGGACCGCUGUGGCCACAUCCGCCUGGCCGACUUCGGCUCCUGUCUCAAGCUGCAGGCAGAUGGAACGGUGCGGUCACUGGUGGCUGUGGGCACCCCAGACUACCUGUCCCCCGAGAUCCUGCAGGCUGUCGGCGGUGGGCCUGGGACAGGCAGCUAUGGGCCAGAGUGUGACUGGUGGGCGCUGGGUGUGUUCGCCUAUGAAAUGUUCUACGGGCAGACGCCCUUCUACGCGGAUUCCACGGCGGAGACCUACGGCAAGAUCGUCCACUACAAGGAGCACCUCUCUCUGCCGCUGGCAGACGAAGGGGUCCCUGAGGAGGCUCAAGACCUCAUCCAGCGUCUGCUGUGUCCCCCGGAGACACGGCUGGGCCGGGGUGGAGCAGGUGACUUCCGGACACAUCCCUUCUUCUUUGGCCUCGACUGGGAUGGUCUCCGAGACAGCAUGCCCCCCUUUACACCGGAUUUCGAAGGUGCCACUGACACAUGCAACUUCGACUUGGUGGAGGACGGGCUCACUGCCAUGGAGACGCUGUCGGACAUUCGGGAAGGUGCGCCACUGGGGGUCCACCUGCCUUUCGUGGGCUACUCCUACUCCUGCAUGGCCCUCAGGGACAGUGAGGUCCCAGGCCCCACACCCAUGGAACUGGAGGCCGAGCAGCUGCUUGAGCCACACGUGCAAGUGCCUAGCCUGGAGUCCUCAGUGUCCCCACGGGAUGAAACAGCUGAAGUGGCAGUUCCAGCGGCUAUCCCUGCGGCAGAGGCUGAGGCCGAGGUGACGCUGCGGGAGCUCCAGGAGGCCCUGGAGGAGGAGGUGCUCACCCGGCAGAGCCUGAGCCGGGAGAUGGAGGCCAUCCGCAUGGCCAACCAGAACUUUGCCAGUCAACUACGCGAGGCAGAGGCUCGGAACCGGGACCUAGAGGCGCACGUACGGCAGUUGCAGGAGCGGAUGGAGUUGCUGCAGGCAGAGGGAGCCACAGCUGUCACGGGGGUCCCCAGUCCCCGGGCCACGGAUCCACCUUCCCAUCUAGAUGGCCCCCCGGCCGUGGCUCUGGGCCAGUGCCCGCUGGUGGGGCCAGGCCCCAUGCACCGCCGCCACCUGCUGCUCCCUGCCAGGGUCCCUAGGCCUGGCCUAUCGGAGGCGCUUUCCCUGCUCCUGUUCGCCGUUGCUCUGUCUCGUGCCGCCGCCCUGGGCUGCGCUGGGUUGGUGGUCCACGCCGGCGAACUCACCGCAGUCUGGCGCCGCCCGGGAGCCGCUCGCGCUCCCUGAACCCUAGAACUGUCUUCGACUCCGGGGUCCCGUUGAAAGACUGAGCGCCCGGGGCACGGCAAAGAAGCCGCGCCCACCGCCUGCCAGUUCACACCGCUCCGAGCUUGGGUCUCCGCCCAGCUCUAGUCCUGUGAUCCGGGCCCGCCCCCUAGCGGCCGGGGAGGGAGGGGCCGGGUUCGCGGCCGGCGAACGGGUCUCGAGGGGGCCUUGUAGCCGGGAAUGCUGCUGCUGCUGCUGCUGCUGCUGGUGGGGGAUCGCAGACCACUUCUUUCGGCCAGGCUGAGGCCCUGACGUGGAUGGGCAAACGGCAGGCCUGCGAAGGCAGCAAGCUGGGUCGUCGGUGUUCCACUUUCCACGCACCCCCACCUACCGUCGGUUCGCAAACUGCAAAUCCUCCCUUGUGCAUGACGCCCUGCUCUCUGGGGAGCGUCUGGCGCGACCUCUGCCCGCUUACUCGGGAAAUUUGCUUUUGCCAAACCCGCUUAUUCGGGGAUCCCGCGCCCCCCUCCUCACGUGCGCAGCUCUCGGAGCCCGAGCCGGCUCUGACUGCUUCGGCAGUUUGGAUAUUUAUUGACCUCGUUCUCCGACUCGCUGACAGGCUGCAGGACCCCGAACACCCCAAUCCACGUUUUGGAUGCACUGAGACCCUGAUAUUCCUCGGUAUUUAUUGUCUGUCCCCACCUAGGACCCCACCCCCGACCCUCGCGAAUAAAAGGCCCUCCAUCUGCCCAAA